CUUGUAUAAUUUAAAAAUAUAUAAUUAAAUUAUAUUUCGAAAUUUAUAAUGCCAUAUUUGAAUAUAUUUGUUUUAAUGAUGAUUUAUGAGUUAUUCUCAUAUUCUAAAAAAAAAAUCAAAAAUAUAAAUUGACAUUAAAUGUAAUAUAUGAGUUAUUACCAUAUUUUAGAAAGUUUACCAAAAGUAUAACUUAACAUUAAAUGCAAUUGUCCAUGUCAUAUUAAGCUAUAAGACACGUCAUCAAUUUCAGUAGCCAUAUCAUAUUUGUUUUGUGAAAUUAUUUGUAGAAAAGACAUGUGGCAAAAUCACUUCGCAAAUAUAGUCUAGGAAUGUAUCUCCUUCGUAUUAACAGGUGACAAACACAACAGAGAAACUCAUGACUAAACUCUGAAACAGUUAAAAUACAGAGAAACUUUUGAAUAAACUCUGUUUUAUUUUGUCAAUGUUAAAACGUUGUAAGGGCAAUUCUUAUUCUCCAGAUGAACAACAUACUUCAUCGUUUCAUCUUUAACCUCAAACCCACAUCGAUCUACUUGGUAAACUUUAAGCUUCAUUUCCGCUUCAAACCUGGAUACCAAAUUCGUCACCACUACUCUUGGUGUAACUAGAUGUUCAUGUUUUGCAAGCAGUUUAUCGGCGUUCAAAAAAAUAGUUCAUGAAUGUCAGUUUAAUUUUCUCAAGGGGGAAGAUUAAUGGCAUCUCAAGAGGCAUUCUCAACAAUUAUCUAAGAAUAAUUCAUAAAAAAAAGUCUCAAAUAGCUAUAGUAGGUUUAUAGAUUUUUUUGUUAUUUAAAAAAAAUUAUUAAUAAAAAACAUAAAUUAGAAAUACUGAUAACGACAAUUACAUAAUAAUUUUAAUUUAUUAAAAAUAUCAAUGUAAACGAUGACCAUGAAUCUACUCAUAAAAAAUUGACUUUUCAAAUAAUAUUAUAGAAAUGAGAGUUUGAGAGAAUAAGUUUAAGGUAUUGGUUUGGCUGCAUGGAUUCUUUGAAGGUCUUACAGCUUACAGGACGAGAGACGGUCGGAUUAGGCUUUUCUGACCUGACCAAAACGCUCUUCGUAUGCAAAAUGGAUCGGAGAGGCUUUGUAUGACACCUGCUUCUCUGGAGCAAUUUGUUGAAGCAGUCAAGAAAACUGUCCUUGCCAACAACAAAAGGGUUCCUCCCCCGGGUAAAGGAGCUUUGUAUAUAAGACCUCUGCUUCUAGGUAGUGGUGCUAUUCUUGGAGUAGCUCCAGCACCUGAGUACACGUUCCUCAUUUACGUGUCUCCCGUUGGAGAUUAUCAUAAGGUGAGCUCAGGCUUGAACAUGAAAGUUGAUCAUAACUAUCACCUAGCCCAUUCAGGUGGAGCGGGUGGUGUCAAGAGCUGCACGAACUGUUCUCCAGUAAGUAAAGAGACACCAUAAAUACAUAAUACAUGGCAACAAGUUCACUGAUUUCUUCUUGGAUAAAUUUUGAAAGAUUGUGAAAUCAUUGGUAGAAGCAAGGUCUUCAGGUUUCUCUGAUGUCUUGUUUCUAGAUGCGGUAACUGGCAGAAACAUCGAAGAGGCGUCUACAUUUAACAUCUUCAUUAGUAAUCAAUCAUUUUUAGGGGAACAUUGUUUCUACUCCACCAACUUGAGGAACCAUUUUACCAGGAGUCACAAGAAAAAGCAUAAGCGAGCUAGCUCGUGAUAUUGGUUACCAGGUUCCAACAUUCAGUUCACUUAAUCAUGUAAUAUUGUAUAGACAUUUUUGAUGAAAUCAAGAUUCAAGAAAUGUUUGACAGGUCCAAGAACGAGAUGUUACUGUGGAUGAGUUAUUAGAGGCAGAAGAAGUGUUAUGCACGGGCACUGCAGUGGUCGUUUAAGCUGUUGAAAUCGUGACCUUCCAUGACAAAAAGUGAGUGAUUAAUACCAAGACCAUUUCAUCAAAUACAGGACAGGAGAAGAGGCAUUGUCUACGAAGCUUCAUUCAAUGCUGAUGCAAAUUAUCUUUUCUCUUCGUGUUUUCUUUUAUGAGACUUGCAAUGAAGACCCUCUUAUACAAUAGGCAGAGUUGGUCACAGUUUGAAGGUCCUAUACGAUAUCGUUCAAUUAGGAAGACAAAGGUCGUAGCUGUUUGAAUAAAAAGCGAAGGAUGCAUUUAAUAUUAAAAUUGCAAAAAAAGCAUUGACAGCUGUGGGAUUUGAACCCACGCCCUUUCGGACCAGAGCCUAAAUAUGGCGCCUUAGACCACUCGGCCAAACUGUCAUUGCUGACUAUAAAUUCUUGAUCUACAUUAAGCUCAUUUUCUCGCACACAACGUGAUAGAAGACUUCGAUUAAUUGCUUCGCUUGCACUAACAGUCUUUCAGUAGAUAAGUUAUUUUCAGGAAUUAAAAAAAAAACGUUAGUUUAAGGAUGAACUUGUAUAUUGUCCUCACCAGGCUGGUCCGUCUAGAGAUAUCAUGGGUUUUUUAGCCACAUGGCUGUUUGAUCGGGAAACAGUACUAAACGGUGAGACAUUUAGUUUUAGAUGUGGAUUAAGCGGAGACGUCUUAUUGAUAUAGUCGGAAAAGCGUUUAGAUUAGGAUUUUACCUUUAUUCUCUCGCCGUAUAGUACCUUCCGGCAAAGCUCUUUGAACUCCGGUUUCCUUUAUUUUACCCAUCUCCUUUUUUUUUAACCAAUUAAACGUUUUUCCAACCACCAAUAAAACGUCUCUGCUUAACCCACAUCUAAAACCAAACGUCUCACCGUUUCCCGAUCAAACAAUGGCCGAUUCUAAAAUUAUAAAGUUAUAAGCAAUUUAAUAAAGGAAAAAGUUUGUCAUGUUUAGCCAUAUAUAUAUCUUCAGCAUAUCUCAAUCUAUAUGCAUAAUAUUAACACUCCAUCUGAAUCAAUAUAUAAUUUUGAAUUUUCUGA